AUUACUCUAGAUAUGGCGAGUGGUGGGAAACAGUGGGUUCUCCUGGCAGCGGGUUCUAAAGGCUGGGAGAACUACAGACACCAGGCUGAUGUGUGCCACGCCUACCAGGUCAUAAGCCAGAAUGGCAUUCCAGAUGAACAGAUCAUUGUGAUGAUGUAUGAUGACAUCGCUCAAAAUGAAGAAAAUCCGUUCCCUGGCAGCAUCAUCAAUGUCCCAAAAGGUCCAGAUGUUUAUGAUGGGGUUCCCAAAGACUACACCGGAGAGCAUGUAUCAGCUGCUAACUUUCUCUCUGUCCUGCGUGGAGAUUUCCGAGCUAUCAGGAAAAGAGGAUCGAAAAAAGUCAUUAAAAGUCGUGCAAACGAUUCUAUCUUCAUCUACUUAUCAGACCAUGGAGGCCACGGGGUCUUUAAGUUUCCCAGCUCUACACUUUAUGCACAUGACCUCAUUGACACGGUGAAAGAGAUGUCCAGCAAAGGCAAAUUUUCAGAGAUGGUUAUUUAUAUGGAAGCAUGCCAUGCUGGGUCAAUGCUAAACGAGCUGCCAAACCUAGGCAAUGUGUACGCGGUUGCAGCGAGCGCACCAGACGAGAGCUCAUACGCUUGCUUCUUUGACAAGAAAAGGAACGCGUUUCUCGCCGAUGCAUUCACAGCUUACUGGCUACACCACACCAAGAGAACAAACCUCAGGAUGAACACUCUUGAGGACCAGUUUGAUUAUAUAAAAGAAAAAGUCAUGGAGACAGCGAUGGAAUGGGAAGUGGAUCAGACACCAUGUCACUAUGGGAACAGGUUCAUGCUCCAGCUGCCCCUGAGUAACUUUCUGGGAGAGUCUCCUUAUGAAUUCCGGAGGAUUUACAAAUCCCGAUCACGCCGCUUUAAAGUGACCGAUGUUGUAGAGAGCACGAAUGUCCCACUGUUAAUCCAAGGAAACAGGAUUAAAAAAGAACGGAACCCCAGAAGAAGAGAGAAUCUUGAGAUACAAUACAAUGAGCUUCAGAGGAAGCAGAGUGUGAUGGACAAGGCCAUGAAGAGGAUCGCUCAGCGCUGCACCUCUGAUCGAGGUUCACGAGCUCUGAGUGAAAAACACGAGGUGACUCGCACCUACGAACUCAAAGUGGUGGCCGAGCAUUUUAGGACAAAUCUCUUCAACUGGGAGGAUGAUGAGUUUGUUUUCACUCGCUCACAUCUGCAGGUUUUAGUGAAUCUGUGUGAGUGCUGCCAGGACGUUAUGAGUAUCACUGCAGCCAUUGACUACGUCAGUCAGAGGAUUCAGUUCUAAAGGAAACACAAUCAAGGCUACAGAGCCGCAGCAGAUUUCAUUCCUCCUCAUUGUGACCGUCUCUGCUUUCUAUAUAAGUAUCACAUAAAAUGACCUUUGUGUAUAAGAAGCAUGUGUUGAGCUGAUUGUACACCCUGAUCUAAUGAGGCAUUCGGAAACCACAUUACAGUUACCACUGUAGAUAUUAUAUUUCUAAUUAGAUUUAACGCUUGAUACUGAUGAUACUGACAGGUGAUAAGAAUUUGUACGUAAAGCUACAGUACACACACUUGUGUACAAUCUCCAAAAGUUUCAUUACCAAAGACUUUUUUAAAAGCUUUUUAAUCGACAUUUUAAAAAACUAUAAAAAAUAAUUAGUCUUAAAAGUAUAAAUAUAUUCAAUCAUAUUUGUGAUUGUGAUUUUCUACUGUAAUCAAACUCACAUCUUACAAUAAAGUUAUAAAAGAUUUGACAUGCAGUUAUGUUUUAAUUAAUGCAACUUAUAAUUAAUGUCUGUAAUAAAACUCAAAG